AUGUCUCCCUCUAUCCCUGAACCCAUUGCUAUCGUUGGCUCCUCGUGUCGGUUUCCCGGCUCCUCCUCCUCUCCAUCCAAGCUCUGGGACCUUCUGCGCGAGCCCCGGGAUGUUCGUCGCAACCUGUCCCAAAAUCUAAAUCUACAGCGUUUCUACCACCCCUCCGGUGAAAACCAUGGCUCGACCGAUGUCAAGGGCCUAGGGUAUCUACUGGCUGAAGACAGUCGACUCUUCGACCCAGCAGUCUUCGGUAUCAGCCCCUACGAAGCUGAGACCAUCGACCCCCAACAACGUAUUCUUCUGGAAGUUGUAUACGAGAGCAUGGAGAACGCUGGGUACACUCUAGCCCAGAUGCGAGGCUCACAAACCUCGGUACACGUGGGUGUCAUGACUGACGACUAUCAUGACAUCCAGCUACGCGACCUGGAAAGUCUUCCGCAGUAUACUAGUACAGGAACUGCGCGGAGCAUAAUGGCAAAUCGCAUUUCAUACGUCUUCGACCUUCAUGGGCCCUCGGUGACAAUUGACACUGCAUGCUCAAGCUCACUCGUUGCCCUUCAUCAGGCGGUGCAGAGUCUCCAGCUUGGCGAGGCUACUUGUGCCGUUGUCGGUGGUGUUAACCUGAUCUUCGACCCUGCAAUGUAUAUCGCUGAGUCAAAUUUGCACAUGCUGUCUCCUGACUCCCAGUCACGCAUGUGGGACAAGGCUGCCAAUGGCUACGCCCGUGGUGAGGGUGCAGCUGCUGUACUACUGAAGCCUCUCAGUCAGGCCCUUCGUGACAAUGAUCAUAUUGAAGGUCUCAUUCGCGGCAGUGGGGUCAACUCAGAUGGUCAAAGCCCUGGAAUUACAAUGCCCACCGCCACCGCCCAAGCAGCCCUUAUUCGAGCCACCUACAAACGUGCAGGACUUGAUCCAAUCAAGGAUCGCUGCCAGUAUUUUGAAUGCCAUGGAACCGGCACUGCUGCUGGUGACCCAGUUGAAGCACAAGCAAUUAGUGAAGCGCUAUUCGAGGAGGCCACCUUCACCAAUGAGACGACAGACACACCCCCUCUGUAUGUCGGCUCAAUCAAGACAGUCACUGGUCAUCUUGAGGGAUGUGCCGGACUAGCAGGCCUCCUCAAGGCGCUUGUGUCAAUCAAGAAUCGUAUUAUACCCCCAAAUAUGCUUUUCAAUGAACUCAAUCCGAAGAUUGAGCCAUACUACGGCCGCAUGCAGAUCACCACUGUACCUAUCCCAUGGCCCAAUGUUGGACCCGGUGCUCCUCUGCGAGUAAGCAUUAAUAGCUUUGGCUUUGGAGGUACCAAUUCCCAUGUUAUCCUGGAGAGUUACGAGUCCUCAGGCCAGAGAAAUCUCGAGCUCGCUUCUAAGAAGAAUGCGUUACUGGGUCCUAUUGUGCUUUCUGCGCAUUCAGGUGCUUCGCUCCUGGGAAACGCGAAAAACAUGUUGCAGUACUUGAAAGACAACCCCUCCGUCAAUUUAUCCGACUUUAGCUACGUAUUACAGACCCGAAGAACAUCCCACCGGGCUCGUGCUUUCUUCUCCUCGUCUUCUCAUCAGGGACUAAUAAACAAACUACAAGAUUUUGUUGGUGAUAAUGAGAAGAUAUCGAAAAAGAGUACAAUUGGGAUUCGUCACCAGCCAGUCAACUCUAGUGAAACACCUGGCAUCUUAGGUGUGUUCACUGGACAAGGCGCUCAGUGGCCGCGCAUGGGCCGCAUGCUACUGGACCAGUGUCCGCUCUUCCGGGAUGUGCUGGAACGAUGUGAUGCCACCCUCCAGGCAUUGCCAGAUCGCCCAGAGUGGCUUCUGGUAGAUGAACUGUGCAAGCAUGCCGAAGUCUCACGCGUGGGGGAAGCAGCCAUAUCGCAGCCGCUAUGCACUGCCAUCCAACUGGGCCUGCUGGAGGUGCUUUUUUCCAGUGGAAUUCACUUUGAUGCCGUCGUCGGGCAUUCCUCAGGCGAGAUUGCCGCGGUCUAUGCCUGUGGAAUUAUCUCUCUGUCUGCCGCCAUGCAAAUUGCUUUUUACCGUGGUCGAUAUGCCAGUCUCGCGGAGGGCGCAAACGGGGAGGCUGGUGCUAUGAUGGCCGUGGGAAUCAGUCACAGAGAAGCCCAAAAGUUCUGUCAGAAGUCUGAAUAUCAGGGACACAUUAGUGUGGCUGCCAGUAAUGGUGUUCAGAGUGUCACCUUGUCGGGUGACAGUGAGUUCAUCCAACGAGCCAAAGAACAUUUUGAGAGCGAGAAUGUGUUUGCUCGCCUGCUGAAGGUUGACACCGCUUAUCACUCUCAACACAUGAAGCGCUGCGCUGGCCCAUAUCUUCAAUCUCUCGAGGCCUGUAAUAUUCAAGUCAGACAGCCACGAGAGGGUUGUUUCUGGAAUUCUAGCGUCCGGGGUGAUACCGAGCUUCUCCGUGGUGAUCUUCGGUCCCUCAAAGGCCCAUACUGGGUUCAAAACAUGGUUCAGACAGUGUUGUUUUCGCAAGCAGUGCGAUCCUCAAUCUGGCACGGUGGUCCCUAUGAUGUGGUGAUCGAGGUCGGACCUCAUCCUGCCUUGAAAGGGCCAACAGAGCAGACGCUGCAAUCUGCAUUUGGCGCUACGCCUACCUAUACUGGUGUCCUGAAGCGUGAUAGUAAUGAUGUCGAGGCACUAUUUGACGCGAUCGGGGUUGUCUGGGCCCACCUGGGACCGCAGUUCGUCAACUUUGAGGGACUCUGGCGAACCUUGGUGCCGGAUAGUACUCAACUAAGCCCAAGACUCUUAAAAGACUUACCGAACUAUUCCUGGGACCAUGAGCGAGUGUACUGGCGGGAAUCCCGCAUCUCGGCAAAAUUUCGCAGAGGAAAUGACUUGUUUCACGAGCUGCUUGGCCGGCGCACUCAUGAUGACACCGACAGGGAGCUGCGCUGGCGCAAUAUUCUUAAGCUCAGUGAGUUACCGUGGGUGCAAGGACACACGAUCAUGGACGAGGCUCUGCUGCCAGGUGCCUCGUAUGUGGCGAUUGCAUUCCAAGCAGGUCAUGUUAUUGCAGCUGGCAGGCGGGUUCAGUUGAUGGAGGUCCAGGAUGUCGAGAUCCGUCGGCCCAUCGUAGUACCGGAUUCGCGAGAGGGCCAGGAUACAAUCUUUACAGUCCAUCUGCUCGAUGCCCGUGAUCCCAAUAUGAUUGAGGGCCACUUCUCAUACUGUUACUGCUCUGAUACCAGUACUGGAGCCAUGGUGCGGACCUGUGAGGGCCGGUUGAUUAUCCACCUGGGAGAGACAACGGGUGACGAGCUACCGCCAUAUACCCCACCACCGCCCAAUUUGCUUUCGGUAGACACCAACGAGGGGUAUGAGGUUCUUGCCCAGGCGGGACUACUAUACAGCGGUAUUUUUCGUCGUUUGCAAGAUGUGGAGCGCCGUCUGGACUUUGCCGAAGCGAAGGCCCAGUGGGCGACUGAAGAACUUCGUGGCGAAUAUGUCGUCCAUCCUGCUUUGCUUGACGUGUCGUUCCAGAGCAUCUUCCAUGCUCGUGCUGACCCAAGCACUGGGAAACUACCGGUCUCUGUGUUGCCAGUGCAUAUCAAACGCGUGGCAGUCAAUCCCAAAGCUACCCUUGGGGCACAGACGGGUACCAUUCGCACCAUGACUCAGUCGUUUGUCACUGCACGAGACGGUCUCUCCCUCAGCGGUGAUAUUCACGUCUUUGAUGCCAUGACCGGAGAAGCAGCUCUUCAGGUAGAAGCCCUCUCGGUCAAACCGAUGGCUCCUCCGACAGCUGAGCAAGAUACACGACUCUUCUUCGAUACUGUCUUUAUGGCAGAUCCGUCGCUUAAUUUACUUGAGCCGCAGCGCAACCCAGUUGACGACACACGAGAUAUGGCCCUCGUAUCGGAUAUUGACCGCGUCGUGCUCUACUAUGUCCAGCGCGUUCUUGAGCAAAUUGACCCUGACGAAGUCGCAGGUUUUUCAUGGUACUUUAAGCGUAUGCUGGACGCCUAUGAGUACUGGGUGGAGCUCGUCCGUGCUGGCCGUCACCCCGUGGCACCGAGUAGCUGGCUAGCCGACGAAUUUGAGGUAAUCGAUGAGAUCUACACCCGCUGGCCCGGGCAGAUCGAGCUCGAGAUCGCGCGCGCGAUUGGUGAAAAUAUCGUGGACGUGAUGCACGGUAAAAUGCAAAUGCUGGAGGUCUUAAUGGAGAAUGACCGGUUGGGUCGCAUGUACUACGAAGGCUGUGGGUUCACCAUCGUCAAUUCCGGCUUACGGAAUGUGAUGGAGCAGAUUUCAAACAAAUAUCCCCAGGCCAAAUACUUGGAAAUUGGCGCUGGAACAGGAUCGGCGUCGCACGCCAUCUUGAGCUCGAUUGGCACAACUUUCGAUAAUUACACUUAUACGGACAUCUCCACCGGAUUUUUUGAAAAUGCAGCCAAGCGUUUUGCCCAAUUUUCCCACAAAAUGGUGUUUAAGACAUUGGAUGUAGAGAAAGACGUUGUUGCGCAGGGCUACGAUAUGCACUCCUACGAUGUGGUGGUCGCCUCCAAUGUGCUACACGCCACAGGCAACCUACAGCUUACCCUAGAGAAUGCUCGAUCUCUUCUAAAGCCCGGUGGCUUUCUUCUUCUGAUAGAAAUCACCGGCAUCGAGAUAAUGCGGGUCGGCUAUAUUAUGGGCGGACUACCUGGUUGGUGGCUUGGGGCAAAGGAAGGCCGCCGCUUCCACCCCGGCCUAACAACCGAGGAUUGGGACCGCACCCUGCAGGACACCGGUUACUCUGGGGUGGAUCUGGCCUUCCAUGACUUGCCUGAUUCUGACAGGCAUUGUAUGUCUUUGCUGGUCAGUCAGGCCGUUGAUGAGACUGUGCUACAGCUACGCGAGCCACUGGGAUACAUUGAGGAUGUUCCCAAGACUGAUAACUUACUUCUUAUCGGCGGCCGUACACUGCCUAUCUCCAAGCUCACUAGUACUGUUCAACGUCUUGCUGGAUCAUCCUGGCGCAGCCGAGUGGUUGUUGCCCACGAUAUCGAGGCGGUUGAUUUCUCGCUCCUCUCAUCGAGCGUGGACGUGGUCUGUCUGCAGGAGCUUGACGCACCGCUUUUUUCCAACCCUAUCACACCGAAAAGACUCGAGGCUCUUCAGGCCAUCAUUCUGCAUUCCAGAAACGUGCUCUGGGUAACCAAGGGCAGAAGAGCGGAGAACCCCUAUCAGAAUAUGUUUCUCGGGAUGGCCCGAGCUAUAUGGAAGGAAAUGGCGCACGUCACCAUUCAGUCACUGGAUGUGGAAACGAUCACCAAUCCAAACAAUGUGGCACGCACUAUUCUCGAGACAUUUCUACGCAUGAAAAUUUUGUCCGGGGUGGACAAUCAAUCUACACUGCUUUGGACCCGCGAGCAGGAAUUGAUCAUUGAGGACGGCGAGACACUUAUCGCCCGUCUUCGUCCCAACCAAGAACUAAAUGAUCGAUACAAUGCUCGCUAUCGCACGGUGACAAAGUCCGUCAAUGGCUCUCAUGCAGCAAUCCACCUCAUCCAGCAGGGUGACAAAAUGGCUUUUACCGAGACUGAUGAUCAUCAUCCUGCCGAUACCAUUGAGCAUGUGACUAUUGAAACAUCUUUUUCGCUCACUGUUCCCGGUAAUAGCAGUCAGGGUUCAACCUACCUCGUUGUUGGUCGUGAGAUAGAAGUGGGGACUCCAUUAUUGGCGGUUUCACAUAUUGAUGCUUCUAUGGUACGCGUUCCGCAGACAGAUACGAUGCCCAUUGACGAGGUGUCUUGCAACGAACUCUUCCUGGAGAGAUUUCUCAACAACAUAUUCAGCGACACGCUAUUGAACCGCAUCGCAGCCCGGGGGUCUGUAACUCUCUACCAGCCCCGAAAUGGACUUGCCGCAGUUAUUGCUGCAACAGCUGAGGACCGUGGUAUUGAGGUUUUCUUUGUGUGUUCCACCUCCGGAGACGUGGUGGUUCCCGAAAACUGGAUCCGGAUGCAUCCUCACAGUUCUCCUCGAAUUAUUCAAAGUUUGCUUCCUCGCAACGACUCAAUCUUUGUGAACUGCUCUGGAUCGUCCAACUAUCUCACUUCCGCUAUUCAUUCAGUACUGCCGUCUCAUUUGCCAGUUCUAGAGCUGGAAAGUUGGGUGUUCCAAACAGGGCUCAGCGUUCUACGAGAUUGUGGCUCACUUGCUGCCGGAUAUGACAGCCUGCUGAGUCGUUUGCCCAGAUUGAAUGCAGCCUUACCUCUUUCGGGUGACCUCCCACUGUUCAAUAUGGAUCAGAUUGCUGGCGCCAAGGCUUCCCUGCAAGAAAUUACUCACAUCACUUCCUGGGAAAAAGCCAAAGAUUCUUUGACUCUUGUUGUUCAGCCCCCCGACCCGACCACUAUGUUUGAUGCCAGGAAGACCUAUCUAAUGGUUGGAAUGGCCGGUGGUCUCGGUCUGUCAAUUUGUGAGUGGAUGCUGAGGCAUGGAGCGAAACAAAUGGUUAUCACUAGUCGAAAUCCUGAAAUCCAUUCCCAGUGGCUGGCAGAUGCGCGACACAAGGGCGCUAUUGUGCAUGUCAAAUCGAUGGAUGUCAAUGACCGAGCCUCGGUCGAUACCACCGUGCGCUGGAUCCAAGACACUCUGCCCCCUAUUGCUGGUGUUUGCAAUGCAGCCAUGGUGCUGACAGAUCGGAUGUUUGCCAACAUGGAUGCCGACGCGAUCAAUCAGACGCUGAAUCCAAAGGUGAACGGCUCCAAGUACCUGGAUGAGGUAUUUGCCAAUACUCCUUUGGACUUUUUCAUCUUGUUAUCCUCCUGUGGUGCCAUCAUGGGCUCCAAGGGGCAAUCGAAUUAUCAUGCAGCCAACAUGUACAUGUCCGCCCUUGCCACCCAACGUCGCGAACGUGGGUUUGCUGCCUCAAUAAUUCACAUUGGUUUUGUCACAGAUGUCGGCUACACGACCCGAAAUAAAGGCACCCUCAAAGAUGUCUGGGCUCAGUUUGAGUUCAGGUUCCUCUCGGAGAUGGACGUACACCAUGCAUUCGCAGAGGCCAUAGUUUCCGGCAGACCUAACAGCCACCGAUCGUGUGAGGUGGGCGUCGGUAUUAACCCCUUGACAGAGCCAUUCACAGCAGACCGCAAGCCUGCAUGGGCCACAGACCCGCGAUUCUCGCACUAUCUUCCCUCUACGAACCUCCAAAAUGAAGUCGUGGCUCGAUCCAGACAAGAGGAUCUCAAAGAGCGCCUCAUGGACGUGAGCACAGAAGACGAGGCUGUGAAGAUCACACAGAAAGCUUUCUCUAGCAAACUAGAGACUAUGAUGCAGUUGCCCGUGGGCAGCGUCUCAGUCCAAGUGUCCCUCAUCGAGCUGGGCAUCGACUCCCUGGUCGCUGUGGAUAUUCGCAACUGGUUCUUGCGUGAGCUGGGUGCAGAUAUUCCCGUUCUAAAGAUCCUUGGUGGCGACUCAGUUGCCCACAUCUGCACCAAUGCUGCUAAACAGCUGCUGGCACAGAAAGGGGGCCAGGAAGCCUCCGAGCAAGAGGAAGUCGAGCCCGAGAGCACAACCCUGCAUGUGUCUCAGGGCUCAUUGCACACCCCAUCCGAAGGCCUCGAAUGUACGGAGACCAGCUCGGUCGGUGGUACCGAAAAUACACCCUUAACAUUCACUAGCAGCUCUCCUAGUGUUACCGAUACCGUGGAGAAGAGAGACAAGGGCGAUAGCAGUGUUGAAGAGGGUCCUAAUGCGCAGAUUGACCCUGAUGAUCGUGACUAUAGCCCAGAUAUAAUUGAGACUGAACGUCUUUCCUCUGGCCAGUCACGCAUAUAUAUUCUCUCGCGGUUUCUCAACAACCCCACUGAUUAUAAUCUAGUAUUUCAGUUUGAAAUCGAUGGCCGCCUCGACAUGGAGCUUCUCCGCGACGCCUUUACAGUCACCACACAGCAUCAUGAGUCACUUCGAACGUGCUACUUUGUACGCCAGGAAGACAACCAGCCCAUGCAAGGUGUUCUGGCCUCUCCUGUGGUGCGUUUUCAGCAUGUCCCUGAUGCCACCGCCGACCAAAUCGCCGCCGAGGUGGCCCUUGGCAAAUCCCGGAUCUGGGACCUUGAAAGAGGCGAUACAAUGGCGAUGACUGUAUUUUCGCUAUCUCCGAAGUCCCACACCAUGGUCUUCUCCUACCAUCAUAUCAUCAUGGACAGUACUGGGUGGCGUGUCUUCUUCCAGGACCUGGCUUUGGCCUAUCACAUGGAGCCACUCCAACAUGCCAGUAAGACAUAUGUGGAGUACACACGAAAACAGAUUGCGCAACAACAGACUGGUCAUUUCCAGUCGCAGCUACAGUACUGGAAGCAAGAGUACUCUUCCGUCCCACCUGUUCUCCCCUUGCUACCCAUGUCCAGAGUCAAGACACGCCCUAACGCGCAGAGCUCCGGAAUCACCUACUCGCGGCUUGAGAUCGGCUAUGAGGUUGCACAGGCAAUGAAAGCGUCAUGCCAGAAACUGCGUAUUACCGCCUUUCACUUUCACCUGGCUGUCUUUCAGGUCAUGCUCUCCCAAUUGGCUGGAGUAGAUGAUAUCUGUAUCGGCGUGGCGGACGCUAACCGGUUGGAUGGCGAGUUCGCAGAAACGGUGGGAUUCUUUAUGAACAUGCUUCCCGUACGCUUCCACGUCUCUCCAAAUGCCAAGUUCUCACAAAUUGCCCAGGGCACGGCUCGGAAAGUCUUGGGAGCGGUGCAAAACUCGGCGGUGCCCUUUGACAUGAUACUUGAUGAUUUACACGUGGCGAGAUCAUCCUCCCAUACCCCCUUAUUCCAGGCCGCCAUCAACUAUCAACUGAGGGUGGCCAAGAAGCUACCUUUUGCUGGUAGUUCCUUAACACUGCUCGAUGCGCAGGAUGCAAAGAACCCCUACGACCUCAGCUUAGGCAUUAUUGAGUACCACUCCGAGGGCUUUAUCCUGGAUAUGUCAUGCCAGGAAUCCUUGUAUGACGCAGCUGCGACUCGCACCAUUCUCGAUACUUAUGUCCAGAUUCUGGAAGGCGUGGUCUCAAACACAUAUAUGACCGUUGCGAAAAUUCCUAUCCACGCUCCCAUAGCUGUGAUUGACGCUGUCCGUCUGGGUCAGGGCCCUCAGGUUGACUUUAGCUGGCCAGCGACAUUGUCUCAACAGUUUCAAGCAAUACAUGAGACAAACUGUGAGAAUUUGGCCAUUUGUGACGGUGAUCAAUCACUCACCUACGACCAGCUCACUGAUCGUGUGAAUUCUAUCGCCUCUGCCCUCAGGACCGUUGGACACACAACUAGUUUGCGGGUUGCCGUCUUAUGCCGGCCUUCUGUUGACUUUACAGCCUCUAUGCUAGCCAUCUUGCAUAUUGGGGCACUCUAUAUCCCACUAGACAUCAGUCUUCCUCCGGCACGUCAUGCCGCAAUCAUCGACAGCGCUCGACCCAGCGUGGUGAUUUGUCAUGAUGCGACUAUCGAGCUGGCUAGCCAACUCGGUGCCGGAAGCGAGGGCAAUCGCAUGCCCAUCAUCAGCGUAGAUGAUGUUGAGGCGGCGAAGGAGAGGGUUCCGUGCAAUGCCCGACCUGAAGCUCCAGCUGUUUUACUGUACACCAGCGGCUCUGUCGGAAAGCCCAAAGGAGUGGUCUUGACGCAGGCUAACUUUGUGAAUCACAUUGCGCUCAAGAUCCACGAACUAAAUCUACGCCCGGGAUGCGAGAAGGUCCUGCAACAGAGCUCGCUAGGCUUCGAUAUGUCUAUCAUUCAAACAUUCUGUGCUCUAUGCACUGGUGGCAUCUUGUCCAUUGUGCCGUACGAGUCACGGCGGGAUGCACUCCAUAUCACUCAGCUAAUGAGCAAGCAUCGGAUCACCAUAACCAUUGCCACGCCAUCCGAGUAUCUCACCUGGCUGCACUAUGGAUGGGACUCGUUAGUGCAGUGUGUCGACUGGCGUUGGGCAUGUAUGGGCGGCGAGGUGGUCCAGCCUCCCCUAAUGCGCGAAUUUCACCGACUGGGUCUGGCAAACCUAUCUUGUCUGAAUUGCUAUGGUCCAACUGAGAUCACUGCAGCAGCGACUUUCCACCGUAUCUCGCUGAAGGAAGACGUGUUCAAAUUGGAGAGCACGGUGGGCAAGGCAAUUCCAAACUACACCCUACGCAUCGUUGACUUCUCUGGACGAACUCAGCCUGUGGGAUUUCGAGGCGAAAUCUGUAUCGGGGGUGCCGGGCUGGCACUUGGCUACUGGGAGUCGCCGGAAGAGACAGCACGGGCAUUCUUUAUUGACGGAUCGUCAACCCGUUGGUAUCGAACUGGCGAUCAGGGUCAAUUGACAGCUGAUGGCUCUCUUGUCUUCCUUGGUCGCCUAGAGGGGAGUACACAAGUCAAAGUGCGAGGCCUUCGCAUCGAGCUGGAAGAAGUGGAAAAAGCUCUUCUAGAGGUCGGCGCUUCGCUAUUUUCAACAGUCGUGGUCACCGUACGAGAUGAUGCGCUGGUGGCCUAUGCUACGCCUUUGGUGAACCAGAGAGAUGAUAUUGAGCCUGCCAUUAUCACCCAAUUGUUAGCAGGGCUACCUCUGCCGCAAUAUAUGUGUCCGUCUCAGGUUAUCAUUGAUGACGACCUUCCUUGCAACAGUAAUGGCAAAAUUGACCGCAAUGCUCUUGCAACCUUGCCAUUUUCUGCACCCAGUCAGGAUUUAUACAAUCCGCAGACUGCGCCCAAGUUGAGCCUUCGGCAGAGUGAAUUACGUAUUCUGUGGGAGAAGGUCUUACCUCCAACCUCACACCCGCUGAUGGCGGAGUCAGACUUUUUCCUCGAAGGUGGAAAUUCGCUGCGGUUGCUCAAGCUGCAGCACGUAAUCAAAGAAUCUAUGGGAACCUCCAUCACCACACGUGAGCUGUAUGAGGCAUCGACUUUACAAAAGAUGACUAUGCUGGUUGACCUUCAGCGGGACCGCCAGACAGUCAAGAGCAAAUUAAUUGACUGGGAGGCUGAGACUGCCAUUCCUGAGUCGCUUAUUACCAUUGCUCAAGAUGCAAUAGGCGCCGUCGAACGAUCUCCAGUGGAUGACGACGAGCGUAUUGAGGUCUUGAUGACCGGGGCUACUGGAUUUCUCGGCGGGUCCAUCCUGAAGGAACUACUCCAGAACGUCCAUAUCCGUCAAGUCCACUGUGUGGCCAUUCUCCCAGACGAACAGGGUCAUCUACCACCUGAUCCCAAGGUCGUUCACUAUACGGGCAGCCUUUCCUCUCCCACCCUGGGUCUUUCCCCGUCAGAGUGUCUCGCAUUGCAAAAAAGUAUUGAUGUGGUCAUCCACGCUGGCGCCAACGGCCACUGUCUCAACAACUACACAUCUGUCCGAGAGGCGAAUGUACACUCAACUCAAUUUUUGGCCUCCUUAUGUGUUCCCCACUCUAUUCCCUUAUUGUACAUCUCCUCGCCCCGGGUUCCAUUGCUUACAGGUAACACCGCCCCUCUGCCAGGCCCCGUUCCCACUCAACCACCCACUACCGGUGUGGAAGGUUAUACCGCAUCCAAAUGGGCAAGUAAACAGUUCCUGCAGCGGAUUUCUAAUCACGCAUCUAUGCGGAUUGAGAUUCACCGUCCGUGCGUGGUGAUUGGUGAUCGAGCACCAGCGUCAGAUGCACUCAAUGCAAUCCUGCGAUACUCGCUGAAGAUGAAAUGUCUCCCAAAAUUUUCCCGCGUUGAAGGCUUUUUUGAUUUCAAAAAAGUAGAAGAAGUGGCGCAGGACCUGGUCUCGUCCACGGUCGCUCUGGGCCUUGGUCGGGGACAAUCUCAGACUGGGCGUGAGGCUAAGGUGCACUUCCAACAUCAUUCAAGUGGAAAGAAAGUCGCCUUUGCAGCGAUGGCGAAGCAUAUGGAAGAAAUGUACGGCGAGAAAUUCUCAGAGAUGGAGAUAUUGGACUGGCUUGAACGAGCCCUGAAGGAGGGAAUGGAUCCUUUGAUCUCCUCUUAUCUGGAGAGCUUGGUGGAGAACGGCGAUACGCUCCAAUUCCCGUAUCUGGGUGAGGUUCAUUCUUCCUAG